AUGGCUGGACUGAGGAGGGAAGCUGAAAAUGAUUCUUGGCUUUUCGAUCCUUCUUCCAGCUCCGCACCUUUCGACCCAUUCUUACAACCCUUGGACAUCAUUGAACCCUGGAAUUUCCACCUGAUUUCUGCCUUGAUGUUUGUAGUGACUUUGUUUUCUUUGUCUGAAAACUUCACUGUCAUCCUUGUGACUAUUAAAUUCAAACAGCUGAGGCAGCCUCUCAACUAUGUCAUAGUGAAUCUCUCUGUGGCUGAUUUCCUCGUUUCUUUGAUUGGAGGCACAAUUAGUUUUUCGACAAAUUUGAAAGGCUAUUUUUACAUGGGUCACUGGGCAUGUGUCUUGGAAGGAUUCGCAGUCACUUUCUUUGGAAUAGUUGCCCUCUGGUCACUUGCCCUACUUGCAUUUGAGCGCUAUGUUGUGAUUUGUCGUCCCUUGGGAAACAUGCGCCUCAACGGGAAGCAUGCCGCACUGGGAGUAGCCUUUGUGUGGAUUUUCUCCUUUAUCUGGACUGUCCCUCCUACCAUGGGUUGGAGCAGCUAUACUACCAGCAAAAUUGGGACAACCUGUGAACCCAACUGGUAUUCUGGAGACUACAAUGACCACACUUUCAUAAUUACAUUCUUCACAACCUGUUUCAUACUACCCUUAUUGGUGAUUUUGGUAUCCUAUGGAAAAUUGAUGCGGAAACUUAGAAAGGUUUCAGAUACCCAAGGCAGAUUAGGUACUACAAGAAAGCCUGAAAGACAAGUUACUCGAAUGGUUGUCAUUAUGAUCCUUGCAUUUUUAAUCUGCUGGUCUCCAUAUGCAGCCUUUUCAAUUUUGGUCACUGCCUGCCCUUCGAUUGAACUGGAUCCACGUCUUGCUGCAAUCCCAGCUUUCUUUUCAAAAACAGCUACUGUUUAUAACCCAGUUAUCUAUGUCUUUAUGAAUAAUCAGUUCCGCAAGUGUCUGGUCCAGUUGUUCCAAUGCAGCAGCCAAGAGACGAUGGAUGCCAACGUGAAUCCAAUUUCAGAGAAGGACACACUAACCCACACCAAACACUGUGGGGAGAUGUCCACAGUAGCUGCCCAUGUCAUUGUCUUCAAUCCGAGAAGCGAGGAUGAACAAGGCAGCUGUCAGUCCUUUGCUCAGCUGGCAAUUUCCGAAAAUAAAGUCUAUCCACUGUGA